UGCUAAACAGACCAGCCGCCAUCAUCGCAGCAAUUGUCACGCAAAACUCUCCUGGUAGCGCAUCAUCAUUAUGCUGGGCUCUAUCGUCGGAUCCGCCAUGCUCCUGGUCGCUACUGCGAUCUUUCUCUACUACACCACCUGGACUCUGUUGAUGCCCUUCGUCGACCCGGGUCACCCUCUCCACGAUCUCUUCCCUCCCCGUGUCUGGGCCAUCCGUAUCCCCGUUUUCCUUACUCUGCUCGGUUCCGCCGUGGUUGGCACGUUCAUAGGAAUUGUGAUGAUCAACAGCAACAAGAAGAAGGCAGCUAAGGCUAAGGCCGCGGCCAAGAAGAAGACCUAAGCUCCCAAACAAAAAGAAAACCGACGUGGCGUUUGGAGGAUGAGUUGGGUGGUAAACAUGGCGACUCGAAACAGGUGGCCUCAUCUUAUUCUGCAUGUAACAUUACUAUUUUCUGUCCUUGUUCUUUUCAAGCUUUCCCCUUGAUUGGGUUGUUCUGUCAUCACAGCGUUC